AUGACUGAAGAAAAGAAACCGAGAAAAAUUACAGAAUUCUCUGAUGCACAAAUCGCCCAUCUCCAAGAAGGAUUUUCCCUUUUCUGCGAAGGUAAAUCCACAAUCCCAAUUGAUUCUCUACCAGACGCCAUGCACAGUUUGGGUUUGAAUCCGUCAAUCGCUGACAUUGAAGACCUAGUGGCCUUCAGAGAUCCGGAACUGGAUCCGGAGAAUAUCGAUUUUCAGGAAUUCAAAUCUAUGAUCCUUAACUACUUGAACGACGAGGAUUUCAUCGAAGAGAUCAUUCAGGUGUUUAGAGAACAGGACCCUCAAAAUACCGGAAAAGUAAACAGUGUUUUGGCCAGGAAGACAUUGGUGAAGUUAGGAUUGCAUUUGAAAGAGGAAGAAACCGCCGAAAUGUUGAAGGAACACGGAGUUGAUGACGAAGGGGAACUUGAAUAUGAAAGCUUCAUUCGCAGCAUCACAGCUAGAACUAUUUGA